CUCUAAAUAAUCGUAAAGUGACGAAAUCUAAUUCUCAUAGCAUAAUUCCAAAUUUCUUUGUGAACAAAAUUCCACCGAAUCGCUGUCGUUCGACACCGUCAACGGCGGCCGCGCGCUCACGUCCCGGCGGCCACGGGCCGUGACAGACUCGAGCCCGUCCGCCGCCUUCGCCGCGCCGCCUCCGCCUCCUCCAUCGCACGCCGACUCCGCUGCCUACAUCCGCGCACGUCCGCCUCCACUGCCUCCAUCCGCUCGGGAGCCGCCGCCCUCCGCGCUAGGCCUCGCCUCCGUCUGGUCUGGAUUCUUCGACAUCUGGCCAUCUGGGCGCUCCGCGUCGCCGACUUCUCGCAGGCAGAGAGCAUCCUUGAUAGACCUGAUGGCUAUCGCAGAGAGCUGUGUUGAUGCGGUGGUCAUGGAGAUGGUGGCAGUCUACUGCGGUGGCCUCUACACCGCCAAACCAGAGCUUGCUGCCCGCCGCAUCGAGGCCAUCGGCUUCCAAGUCGGGCACCAGCUCUCUGAGAGAUAUACCAUGGAGCGCCCUCGAUUUAGUGAUCAUCUUGAAGCAAUCAAGUUUAUCUGCAAAGAUUUUUGGUCAGAGCUGUUCAAGAAGCAGAUUGACAAUCUGAAAACAAAUCACAGGGGUACCUUUGUCCUUCAAGAUAACCGUUUUCGGUGGCUUACUCGUGUUUCUCUAGAUCCACGUACAGAGAACACAGAUUCAACUGAAAAUGAUUCUGCAGCAUUGGGUGAUACUGCAGCCCAAACGACUACCAUGCUUCUGUAUUUCCCAUGCGGGUUGAUAAGAGGUGCCUUGACCAACUUAGGAAUUUCGUGUUCUGUCUCUGCUGACAUGUCAAACCUUCCAGCAUGUUCGUUUGUGGUGCGCAUAAAGACAUGAACUGUGAGGAAUGAUACAAGUACAGUACGAAGAUUCGACAGUAUCUGCUUGUGGUUCAAGCCGGGUUGAACAUUGAAGAUAGCAGAGUUUGGGCAUGCAUUAGAUGUAUUGUGGUACUGCAGAAAUAUUCUGUGUAGCUGUUGGUUUCUGUUUCCGUUUCUUCCAGCAGUUACCUGUUUUCACUACCUCAAUUGUUUCCCCACCUCUUCGUGACCGUAUUCCAGAGUUUAGGUUGGCCAUUCCUGCACUCUAGGUAGCCGCCACUGGCACCAUUUGUGAGAGUUAAACUAUGGUUGUUGGUUGCAUUAUCUCUGUGGCCUGUGAUAGCACCCUUAAAGCAUGAUUCUUGCCAUGAUUCGUGUGCUAGUACUCUUCUAAGCAUGAUUUUUGCUACCAUGAUUAAUUGAUUGUGAAGUGCAAAUUGAAUAA